AUGCCCUCCCUGUCCCAGCCCCCAACGUCAACGUCGGCGCCGCCGGCCGCUCCCACCGAUAUAACCGGUCUCGGCGACGAUCUCCUCCGGGAGAUCUUCCUCCGCCUGCCGUCCCUCCCAAGCCUCGUCCGCGCCGCCUUCGCCUGCCGCGCCUUCCGCCGCGCCGUCCGCUCCUCCCCCGCCUUCCGCCGCAGCUUCCGCGCGCUCCAUGCGCCGCCCCUCCUCGCGUUCUUCCUCGACUCCAGCUUUGAAGUGGUCCCGAUCUUCCCCUGCCCCUGGCGCCGCUGCGACCCGGACCUCGUUGCCGCUGAUUUCUUCGGAAUCCGCGUCUCACGCCACGACGACACCGGCGACACCGGGUGGGAGAUCCUUCCCGGCUACGACGGCUACUUCCCCCUAAAAAAGGUGAGCCGGAGCACUAAUUGGGCAGUGAGCCGGAGCACUACUUGGGUAGUCUCCUACAGACCGCUAACGCAGGCUCUGGAUCUGUUCCUCUAUAAGCCGGGGAACAGCAUUGACCUUGAGUUCUACACUCUCUCCUCAGAAGAUGGCCAAGGGCCGUCCCGUGUGGUCUGUGUCCGUCACCACUUCAAUCGGAGGGCGCAGGUCGCCGUCUUCUCAUCGAACACCAUGGAGUGGCAAAUUUUCCCCAUGAACACACUGCUGCUGCGUGAAGGGGCCAGUUCCGGCACGGUGAUGCGUGGGCUCAUCUGGUGGCCAAACUGGAUGCAUCAGAAAAUUGUGGUGCUCGACACCUUGACCUUUCAGUUCUCCCUAAUCGAUGUGCCCACGCCUUUGAUGACGCUGUCGGAUGAGUCGUCGUACAAGCUUGGUGAGACCAAGGAUGAGAAGCUCUGCUUCGUAUAUAUAAAGGAUGACACACUUUAUGCUUAUUUCCGGACAGCCGGCAAUGGCGGUGUCGUCGAGAGGUGGAUGUUGUACAAGGAGUUCCCGUUGCGCACGAUUGUUAAGAAUGUCACUGGAGGCUCAAUGGAGCAAGAGGGGUGUCCUGUCGAUGUGGAAGUUGUGGCAGUCAUCGAUGGCUUUGUAUACUUGACUAUUUUCUACUGCAAGGACACACAACUUCGUGAUUUGUGCCUAUCCUUGUGUCUGGAAACAUCGGAGAUAAGCGAGCUCUUUAGUGAUGCACGUGAGUAUCAUGAGGAGGUUCAUCCCUAUGUCAUGGCAUGGCCUCCCUCUUUGUUACAAAUCAAGGAGGAAUCAGAAACUGAAUUCACUGGAGACAGUGCCGCACACAAUGAUCCUAUGGGCACAGAAAAAGCUUCCUCUGUGCUUGUCGCUGCACUGCAGUCACUCAGCCAAGCUCUGGUAGGUGACGGUGGCAGCAACAUAGAAAUAUUGACGGAGUUACAUUCCUUCAUGCUUGACAGUAACAAAGAAACAGUGGCAGAGUUAAAUGCCUUCUUGCGUCCUAACGGGGAUGGCGAGGCCUCUCUAAUGAGCACAAUUGCUAGUUUGGACGCAAAGUUGGUAAGCGCAAGAGACCGUAUCUUGAGGAUAAGUGCAUGAUUCCAUGAUGGUGAUUUGUGUGCUUGCUGCAGACAAAGAUUCCAGGAAAGAAGUCGUCAUAAAAGGUUGUCCUAUUCAACUCAAUUUUCCGUUGAUGCUUGCGAAGUAGCUGCAUAUCCGAGUAAUGCUCGGUGUGGCAAGAUGUUCAGGAAAAACACACCAAAAUGGUCAUAGCUUGGGAGUUAGGUGCCCGAGGCUAUGCAAAAUAGUCGCUGCACAACGAUAGGCUCAUUCGUGAAAAUAUUGCAUACUCCUUGUUUACUUUCCCAUUUUACUAUGCGGAGUACUUCUUAUUCAUCCACAUAUGUAAUUCCUUUUACUAUGCUGUAUAAGUUAAGGCUCAAGAUAUGUGAGCUGACCUCCCAAAUAUGUAAUAGUGCAGCAAGGCCAGAAAAAUACAGCCUUCAUACGAUUCCCCUCUUUAGAUAUUUUGUAUAUAUUUUUCAUGGUUUUCAUGUUGGUGUACCCCAAAAGUACUCUCUGCAUGUUGGUUUUCAAACUCUUUAUCUUCGUAUAUCCUUUGUAGUAUACAUGCCUACAUCAUCUUUGAAGCUGAGCACGUAGCUUUAUCUCAUAACAUGGCACUGGUAGGUUGGCAGUCUUACAGCUUUCACAUAGCUGAAGUACAUCUUAAGAACAUAUGUGUCAUAUCUAAUAGUAUAAUGUAUCUAUUUGAAGUUUGAACUUUCUAGUUCAAGGGAAUCAUAUCUGUGUUGAUGAGGUAUAUAUUCAGCCAAAGUCUGAGGUGCAGAGUCGAAAUACCAGUCGGAAAGAGAAAAGGAGAGAGAACUAGCGACACGACUAGGCCUAAAACUAAGCCCCCAGCAACAUUGGAACAGGCCGAGGCAAGAAUGAGUGUUGAAGGAGGAUCCUGUAGUAGAGGCUAUGCAGAGAAACGAAAUGCACUUGCUGAGUUAUCACUACACCUUGAAAACUAGUACAUUGUAUCUAUCUGA